CGCGCCCCAACAAUAGAGUGGUACGUACCAUUAUCACUGAGUAUAAUGGGGAUAUUUCCCUGCGAAUUAACAAAAUUUCACAUUCGUUCCUUUGGAAAGAACACAUAUGUCAUAUAAGAGUAAAUCUAUCGGAUAUUUUAUUUUGCUGCGGAACCUGUUGUUAGCUUGAUUGGACCAGGUUUGAUGUCAGUUUCACCAAUAUCUUGCCAGAGAAUCCCUUUGGAAAAAAGUGCCUGGGUUCUUUUCCGCCGCCGCCGCCUCUUCCAUCAGGAGUACAUUUAAUAUCAGAGACAGUACAAUCAUGGAUCCGACCCGGGGAUUUAAAACCUUGGACACGGUGGCAUGCUCUGCUGCUCAGUGAGGAUGGAAAGAAAAUAAAGAGGAAUUUUAAGAAACAUAUCAGUUAGUGGUGUUGCAGCAGAAGGAUGCCGCUGGUGAAGCGCACCAUCGAGCCCAGGCACCUGUGCCACACGGUGCUGCCAAGAAACAUCAAGAACGAGCUGGAGUGUGUGACUAACAUCUCCUUGGCCAACGUCAUCCGCCAGCUCAGCAGCCUCAGUAAAUAUGCAGAAGACCUGUUUGGAGAGCUGUUCAACGAGGCGCACUCCUUCUCCUUCCGGGUCAACUCCCUGCAAGAGCGUGUGGACCGCCUCUCCAUCAGUGUCACACAGCUGGACCCCAAAGAGGAGGAAUUGUCUCUUCAAGAUAUUACCAUGAGAAAGGCUUUCAGGAGUUCCACUAUUCAGGACCAGCAGCUGUUCGACCGCACGUCGCUGCCCAUCCCACUGCAGGAGACCUUCCAGACCUGCGAGCAGCCGCCGCCCCUCAACAUCCUCACGCCCUACAGGGACGAUGGGAAGGAGGGUCUUAAGUUCUACACCAAUCCAUCCUACUUCUUUGACCUGUGGAGAGAGAAGAUGCUGCAGGACACGGAGGACAAGAGGAAGGAGAGGCGGAAACAGAAGCUGGAAAUGCCUUAUCUUGUGUGUCCCAAGGGCCCUAUAAGAGUCCUCUCUGAAACCCCUCCUCCCCUCCUCAGUCCCCCAGAGUUGCAGGACCCCCGCAUGUAUGAUCAGGUCUAUAGGUACUUAGACCUUCCAGGGCAGCUGAAGGCGAUAGACCGUCCACAGGAGCCGGAGAAGGUACCGCGGGCGCCUCACGACCGUAAAAAGGAGUGGCAGAAGCUGGCACUGGGUGCAGAGCUGGCCCAGGACAUACCUGAAGACAAACACAGAGAGGCCAACGGAUCUGCGGGUUACCACAACAACCGGGCUCCCUUGUACAUGGAGCAUUUGGACGGGCAUUUCUCGCUGGCGGCGCUGCCCUACAGCCAGAUGAACGAGCUGCUGAACCGUACCGGGGACAGAAUGUAUUCGCGGCCCCAUGACCCUCCACCGCCACCUCCUCCCAUGCACCCACUGGGAGAGAUCAAGCCACCCUCUGUGAUCAGCUCCAGUUCGGGUUUUUCCGACAGCAGACCCCAGUCUCCAGCCCGGACAGCAGGCCUCAACUCCAACACUCCUCCUCCUCCGCCUCCCCCUCUUCCCCCUCCACCUCCUCCCUUGCCCUCCACAGGCCUGCGGGGCACCCCUCCUCCUCCAAUUCCUCCCCUGCCAGUCCAGCAGCAGCCCCCAGCCAUCCCGCCGCCCCCUGCUCCUCUCCAGAUCGCCCCAGGGGUGCUCCACCCGGCCCCUCCGCCCGUGGCGCCUCCCCUCCACUCCUCCUCCCCGGCCCGUCUCCAGCAGGUCCUGGACAAGGGCCCACCCAUGGGCUCUGGGACCCAGUCAGAUGGCACCAUCCUGCCUCCUCCCCCACCGCCUCCCCCUCUGCCCCUCCCCGGAGCGCGGAGCUCCUCACCGUGUCCAUCAGGCCCGCCACCUGUGCCGGCCUUCCCCUCAGCAGGAGCCAUGGCCUCGCCGCCACCCCACGCCAUCCACGAUGUGGGGACCAAGAGGCACCAUCCAGCCAAUCUGCCGCCCAUCAGCGAUGCACGCAGUGUCCUGUUGGAGGCUAUCAGAAAAGGCAUACAGCUGCGAAAAGUGGAGGAGCAACGAGAGCAAGAGGCUAAACACGAGCGAGUUGGCAAUGAUGUGGCCACCAUCCUGUCACGCCGCAUCGCUGUGGAGUACUCCGACUCCGAGGACGAGUCUGAGUUUGACGAAGGAGACUGGAUGGAGUGAUGGAGAUGGAAAAAAGCAGCCGUGGCAGAAGAGGACAAACAUGUUCAGGUGCCCCCCCCCCCCCCAAAAAAAAGCCUGCACUCCACACCUCGCCAUCAAAGAGUCCUUUCUAUUCCGGAAAGAAGAGGAACAUCAGUGUUUCCCACUUUUUCUCUGUCAAGCUUUUUUAUCUCAUCAUAUCUCUGUCUCGUUGUGGUUUGUGAUCAGACGAGUCUCCACGUCGCCCUCGUCCGUCUUUCUAGUGUUCCAAGUUUUUUGCAUUCAUUCUUUUCUGCACAACCACACAACCUUGUUUCAGCUGGAUUUCCUACAAUGGAAUCCCCCAUGUUUACUAUUGUUAUACAUGAAAAUAACUUUUUUGAAGAACCACUUGUUUUUGUUUUUCUUAUCUGUACAUCAAUAUUAAAAAAAAAAGGAAAAAAAUGGAGGCAUGUUGCAUCUAUCUUUAGUUCUCCAACACAGUUUUGCCACCUGGUGGCUGAACAUGGCAUCGAAUGAAUGCUGUUUUAUUUUAUCGUCUUUCAUUUACCCUUUUCUGCUGAAACAUUUGCGGUUUUAAUAGGCCAGUAGUUGCCGAUAGUGACCUCUACACGAAUGGUCACUCAGUAUGAACACCAGCUGGGUCGUUUUUGUUUUCUCUCUCGUUAUCAGGACUGACUUUACCACUAAGAACAAGCAAAAGAUUGUGUUGGUAUGUCAUGUGAUGAUUGUUGUAUGGUUGAAAAUGAGGACGGGGAAGCAUAUGGCCGCCUUUGGCAACGUGUGUGCAUAUCCAUCCACUUACAUCUAACCUUUACCCCAGGGAAAUGUAUGCCAAGAGAUUGAGCUUUUUCGUCUGUCCAGGUUCUAAGGAACCACAAACGCUCAUGUUGACAUCAGGCAAUGUCUAAGAUAAACACUGAGCCAUGGGUUUUUAGUAUGAUGAGCUCGUUACGUUAUUUGCCACAGAUAUGGACACUGGAAGUGAUUAGAUGCUGUAGAUGUACAUCAGAUUUCCUGCCUCUCUUAUUGUCCCUAAUUAAUAUUCAGUGUGCCGAGGAAAAAUUUUGAGAAGGUACCCAUGAUAAGGUACAAACCACUCAAAACUACAGAAGGCAGCUUUUCCCUCAGAUCCCCCUUUACCGUGUACCUGCCCACUAACGAGAAGCCUUACCUCGUUUGGUUCUACAGCAGCAAAAGAAUAAAAUCUGCGGGAUACUGCCUUUUCAGGCCUAAAAGAGGAGGAUACAUCAUGCCUUGUUCUGGCUCAUUUCAAAGAAAAUGUCUGCCAUCUUUUUCUGUUUGUUUGUUUGUUCUUUCUUCUACUUGCCUUAUUGUUCGUACAAAACGUAUCGUUGAGUUGAUGAAUGUAUUGUGCUGUUACUACUUACUUGCCUGCGCUUGUAUGGAUUUGCUGUUUCUAUGUUUGGGGGACAAAGGGACGGGGGGACAGAAACCCUGGUUUAAAAAAAGAAAAAGAUUAGAUCAAUACUGUAUACCAUGUAACUUAUGUAACUGUUGACUGUAACAGUUUGCUUGAAUUAAUAAAAAUCUAAUGUUAUGUUUCAGCUCUA